CUCAGAGCCAGUCGUACUCAACGUUUUUGACCUGUAAAACAGUAGAAAAAUUGUCAAAAGUGUUGCACAAACUAUUGACACAAGAAGAUGAAGGGCAGCUAUCCUCUUGGCUUUCUUGCUUUCGCUUUUCUCGCUGAAAUCUUUAAUGAAACGAUGGCGAUGAACAACUCUUCAAUUGCUAACACAACAUCCAAUCAGAUGACACCUACUACGUCAUCUUCAUUCAGCCAAUCACUAACCACGUCGAUGAUGACGUCAAUCAACCAAUCGUCAUUCACUAUAAKUCCAACUCCAACGUCAACUGUCCCCCAGUCCACCUCAGGAUCUGGYGGAGGCCAGRACAACGGUGGUGGUUCAAAAGAUGAGAUAGACUUUUCUAAAAGACYGCUGCCCCCACAAACCCAGCGUCGCGACUUUGAGUUGGUUGCCAAUACUAAGAUGAAAUGGGUGCCGUAUCUAUUGGACCGAACCAGCAGAGAGUUCACUUUUAUGGCCAAACUGAUCGAAGACACAUUCAAUAAACUGCUCUCGUCUGUGUCAGGAUUUGUGAAGACAAAGUUGUCAGAGUUCCAGSAAAAUAAAAUCACCUUUAUUCUCAUCAUUUACACAAAGAAAGAAGCAGAAGUUACAAAGGCACAACUUGAAAAACCAAUUGGUGCGUAUCUCARCACAGGGAAAGACGUUCUUAGAAUCUACCAGCACGAAAUCAAACCACGAUUCCAGGAAAUGCCACCGGAUGCUAAUAYCAAGCCAGUCUAUACAAACUCACCAUCACCGACAGAAAAACCCAAUCAUUUCCUGAAUUUCAUGCAAGGGUUUGGUAUYGCUAUUGGUAUGGUCGUUGUCUUCACCAUGGUCGUUGUCAUCAAAUACAAGGUCAGUCAAGCCUGCAAAUCUAAGGACAGGAGUGAGCAAGAAUCCUUGAAGGAAGGUUUUSACAACGCAGGAUUGGAAUAAAGGAUAUGACGUACCGGCAAUUGUGAAAUGCGUUACAUAUUUAGUGUCACGCUGUUUCACUCAAGCCAACAUUUUGAAGAAGCUUUUUAACAAGGCAUUUAAAAAAACUCUUGGCUUAGAAAUACAAAGCUGGCACACAGAACUAUUCAACAAAAUGAUUAAUAUAAUUACAACUGUGAUUCUAUAACUUAUUUAGAUAAAGAUAUAYAAGCAUGCGUUACAAAGUCACGCGUUCUUGUGUCACGCAAGAAUCUAUUACAAAUAGACAGCUAAUGCUCAAUCUUAUAUAGUAUAAGAAGAAAAAGUUUGUACUUAAAAAGGAUAGUGUUUCAUGCAAAGACGAAAUGUUUAAAAACGCUUAACACUGUUUAUAUGUGACGUGACAAGAGAAGUUUUCGUGACAUAAUCACGGUGAAUAACUCGUCACAUUAAUAAGUUUGAUAUACGCAUCAUUCACCACUGACUGUACAAUAAAAAGAUUAUUAGUGUUUAUUAAUAAAAAAAGACUUCAUACACUUA